CAUUAUUGGCCAGCACAAUCUAUAUACGAUAUUUUUAACACUGAAGCUGCAGAUAAGAUUUCUGUCUGCUGAUAUUCCUGGUUUUAAUACGAUCAGUCCUACGGCCUACCACGUCACCUAAUUUGGCAAUAACUCAUUUGACACAUUGAAGUCGAACCUACGUACUCCUCAGAGACAUUAUGGCAGCUCAGGUACACGAAUUUAACGUUGAAAUGACGUGCGAGGGAUGCUCGACAGCUGUGCAGAACGUACUCGGGAAAAAAGCAGGUAUCGAUGACAUCAAGAUUGAUUUAUCAGAGAAGAAGGUAUUCGUGACCACUGCGCUCAAUUCGAAUGAGAUUUUAGAAACGCUCAAGAAAACAGGAAAAACUUGCCAAUUUUUACAAACUCAUUAAGGGAAUUAAUAAGUGAGUGAUUAUAUGACGUGAUUGUAACAGGAGCUGCUAAAUAUGUCAGGCUUACAUUAUUCUUAUGAUAUUUUUUUUGUAAAAAAGGAAAGUCGCGUUCAAUUACUAAUUCAUAAAUAUAUGUACAUACAAAAUACAAAAAUAAUGUAUUUAAGAUUAUGUAUAAGAAAAUAUCUUGUAUUAUAUUAAGCAGCUUACAUAUUACAAAUUCUUUGAAUUUACUAUUGAAUUUACAAUAUAUAUUAGGUAUUUUUGCAUGAAAUUGAAUGGAAAAAUAAUGGAUUUCUUUUUACUACACCUAAUACAAUGCAACGCAAGAUAAAUUAUGUUUCUCAUAUAAUAUAAAGCAUCGAAAUAUUAAUUUUGCAAAUAUAUAUAUGAACGCUGAAAUG